AUGGGAAGUUACAAGUUUAGAUUAUCAGAUAUGAUACCAAAUGCCUGGUUUUACAAGCUCAAGUACAUGAGCAAAACCAGAAACCAGAAAAGCCACCGUGGCACCGCAGCUGCACCACCACCUCCGUCGCCCAAACAAAGGAGGCCGCCGGCGGCGGGCCCAUCUGACCUAAGAAAAUCAUACCAUUUUACGAGAGACCUCACAUUUCACAGUAAUUCUCCAACUAAAAAUACUGCAGUGAAUUAUUCAGAAUCACCAAGAAUAUCAUCCAAGAAGCUGCGUAGCACGAAGAAAACCAGAGUUUCAGCCGGUUACACCUGCCGGGUCAAUCUUGAAUCCGAUUCUACAUCGGAAGAGUGUCAGAAUUCAACUUCCUGCAAAUGCAAAUUUCAAAAUGAUAUCAUAAUUGAUCUUGAUGAAAAGCCAUUCCAAGCAAAAUCCGAACUCGAUCUCCCUCCGAUCAUCACCAAAGUCCGUGACACUGAAAAUCACAUGAAAAAUUCAGAUAAAUUUGAGGAAAGAAAUGCAUAUGAAUCCCUGUCAGUGAAGACCGUGAAAGAUGACACUUUAAGCACUGAUUUCAAACAACAAAAAACAACGCCUUUCAGAAAAUCUACAGUGAACUCUUCGGGGAUGAAACUCCGGCACCGGAAUUCUCCAAGAAUAGGAAGAAAGAAUAUUCCGGGACGGAAAAGCGUAUCAUCAUCUUCAAGUUCAAGCUCAUGGAAAAGUGCAUCUGAGAAUUUCGCAGUUGUGAAAUCAUCAGAGGAUCCACAGAGAGAUUUUAGAGAAUCAAUGGUGGAGAUGAUUGUAGAGAAUAAUAUCAGAGCACCAAAGGAUUUGGAAGAACUUCUUGCUUGUUAUCUAUGUUUGAAUUCAUUUGAACAUCAUGAUCUGAUCAUCAAGGUGUUCAAGCAAAUUUGGUUUGAUACCAUUGCUGAUAUUUGUAUGAAGUAA